AAUGUUCGGGACCCAACAGGAGCCUCCAUCGCCCUCUUCACUGCCAGAUUGCAUCAUCCCCACAAGUCAGUCCAACAUGUGGUACUUCAGGCUCUGUUUUACCUACUAGACAGAGCUGUGGAUAGCUUUGAAACUCAGAGGAAUGGACUGGUGUUUAUCUAUGACAUGUGCGGUUCUAAUUAUAACAACUUUGAGCUGGAUCUUGGCAAGAAAGUCCUAAACUUGCUGAAGGGAGCAUUUCCAGCUCGUUUGAAGAAAGUGCUGAUUGUGGGAGCCCCCAUAUGGUUCCGAGUGCCCUAUUCCAUUAUCAGCCUCCUCCUGAAGGACAAAGUCCGUGAGAGGAUUCAGAUAUUGAAGACCUCUGAGGUUACCCAGCACCUGCCCAGAGAGUGCCUUCCAGAAAACCUGGGUGGGUACGUCAAACUGGACCUCGCCACUUGGAAUUUCCAGUUCUUACCCCAGAUGAAUGGCCACCCGGAUCCCUUCGAUGAGAUCAUCCUGCUCUCCCUCCCUCCUGCUUUAGACUGGGACUCAGUGCAUGUUCCAGGUCCCCAUGCCAUGACCAUACAAGAGUUGAUGAAUUAUGUUAGCACCAGGCAAAAGCAGGGGAUAUAUGAGGAAUAUGAAGACAUUCGUCGUGAGAACCCUGUUGGCACUUUCCAUUGUUCCAUGUCUCCGGGAAACCUCGAGAAGAACCGCUAUGGGGAUGUACCCUGCCUGGACCAAACAAGAGUGAAGCUGAUAAAACGAAGUGGCCACACUCAGACAGAUUAUAUCAACGCCAGUUUCAUGGAUGGCUACAAGCAGAAGAAUGCUUACAUUGGUACACAAGGCCCUUUGGAGAAUACCUAUCGUGAUUUCUGGCUCAUGGUAUGGGAGCAAAAAGUUUUGGUGAUUGUCAUGACCACUCGCUUUGAGGAGGGCGGCAGGAGAAAGUGUGGCCAGUACUGGCCUUUAGAAAAAGACUCUCGGAUCCGAUUUGGCUUCCUCACAGUGACCAACCUAGGCGUGGAGAACAUGAGCCAUUAUAAGAAAACAACGCUAGAAAUUCAUAACACAGAGGAGCGGCAGAAACGCCAGGUGACUCACUUUCAGUUCCUGAGCUGGCCAGAUUAUGGUGUCCCCUCUUCAGCAGGUUCCCUCAUUGACUUUUUGAGAGCGGUCAGGAGCCAGCAGAGGCUGGCUGUGAGCAGCAUGGCAGCAGAUUCCAAAGGGCAGUGCCCUGAGCCACCCAUUGUGGUCCACUGCAGUGCAGGCAUUGGCAGGACAGGUACCUUCUGUUCACUGGACAUCUGCCUGGCACAGCUGGAAGAGCUUGGUACCCUUAAUGUGUUCCAGACAGUAUCCCGCAUGAGGACCCAGAGAGCCUUCAGCAUCCAGACCCCUGAACAGUACUAUUUUUGCUACAGGGCAAUCCUCGAGUUCGCAGAAAGGGAGGGCAUGGUGCCAUCCAGCCACAACCUCCUGGCCAUGGAGGGUCAGUAACUGUCCCAUGAGUCUCCUACCUGCUGGCCAGCCUUCUUCCUUAAACUGUCCCAGACACCGCUGAGUCUGUAGGUUGCCAUCAUUUACACUGAAGCCAUGGACCAACCUCUUUCUUGUGUCUCCUGGUGCACGCAAGGCAGCAAGCCCUUUGGCGAGAUAGAUAUGAUGAAAUUGUUAUUAGAAAGGGCCAGCAACAGUGUGUUCUUCAGUCCUAGCAACUGCCAUUGAACUGUGCCUUAUUAUAACCAAAUUGUGGCUAUUGAUUUUUGCCAGGGGCUCCAAGCAAGGUAAGUGGGAAAGGAAGGUCCCUACCCUCUUUCCCAAUACCUUCUUCUGGAGGCCUCUUUCCCAUCCCUUCCCUUUGCUAGGAUUUGAUUGGGAGGUUUGGUGAGUAUCCACCUUCCUUCCCAGAAAGCUUGACCAAGUUAUAUAUUCUAGAGAACAUCCCGAGUGCCAAGCACGUUUAUACCUAGAGCGUGUAUUCCAGUCUUUUCUGUUAUUCUGUGUGUGCGCGUGUGUGUAUGUACACUUAUGUGUAUGGGUCCAUAUGUAUGUGUGUAUAUAAUAUAUUACUGUAUGUGAUAAUAUGGUCGUAUUCUAUAAAUACAUAUACACAGAGUUACUCCUUUGUAGAAGUUCCUGGGGCUCCGUGUUGUAUUUCAGGUCUUGUGGCUUCUUGUACCCUGCUGUUUAUCCUGGACUAGCUGGGUUUGGGGAUUAUGUCUCCUAUUGUCAAAUGACAGUGGUGGAAGAGGACACAGGCACAUCCACUUUCUAUGUUCCUACUACAGGCCUUCAUCCUUACAUCAUGACUUAUCUCUCUGCAGGAUGCUACCUGUUGGAGCCAAGAAUACUGGUUUGUGGUGACACUGGUUUAAUUCAGCAUUGAUUACUCCUAGCUAAUGAUUAUUCUCCAUUUACUUCGUUGAUUUUGGUAAUACACCUCCACUGUGAUUUCAGACCCUCUCUUUCCUCUUCCUGUCCCUCAGGGAUUGGAGCCUUGGAGUAGAGAUGAACUGACUGAGCAGCCAGAGGCAAGAGCAAUUGGUACAGUGCCUUAGAAGGAAAGAGAAGGAUCCCAAGUAUGAGAAAGGAAACUACUAUGAGAAUCCUUCCCUGGGAGAAUGAGCUUGGGGCCCUUUUCUUUUCCCAAAAGGUUCCAUUCCUUAGGCAGCUUGGCCCUAUCUACUCAGAUGCCCAUCUUUUUCUGCCUAGUAGCCUGCCAAACCUUGGAGCUCAAGCUGGAUGGAUUUUGUGUCAAUAAAAAGUUUAACUCCUGGCUGGGUGAGGCAGUACCCUGCAGUUUCUAUCCCUGCACCCCUCUUUCACUCAACCUGCUCCUGUCUGCUGUCAGCCUACCCAGCCUGAUGUACCAGGAAUGGAAUUGAGUCCCUAGCACUCUAUAUUCCCAAGAAAAUCCAAGGAACCCCUAAACCUUCCCCCAUCAUAGAUGAGGUUGGCAGCUCAUCAGACCUCAAUAAUUUUAUACUGUAAUAAGCUCUUGAAUGUAUAUGUUCUUAUUUUUACAGUCUUUUCAUUUUGUAUUUAAUGUCAAUUGACUGAAUCAGAUUCAGAAAAUAAUUGUAAAUGUUCAUUUUCAAUAUCUCACACCAAUAGUUUUGUAUUUACAUAUAAAUAUACUGACAUGAUCAAACCCUUUUAGCUUCAUCAAUUUAGUAGCAUUGUGGGGCUGGAAAAGUAAAGAGGGAGUCU